AUGGCGUUGUUGUUCCUACGCUAUGCCAUGUGGCUGGCGGUAGCCCUGCUUGCCUUGGAUCCCAGCUCUCGGGCGGCGGCUCAGUACCUCCAGAACUUUGUGCCAGUUCGAAUACAAGACCCAACGACUAACCCGCCAACGUGGUACGAUGGCCACAAAUACCGACCGACGCCCGACAACGCGGUGCCCUAUCGAAACGUCAUCGACACUCGGGCUGAAAGAAUCACCAUCUAUUACAACUGCCAUUACAUGACCAACAUCUGCCAGAAUGUCGAAAACUUCAAAGCCACGGCACGGGGACAGGCUCUGCAUCCCGGAACGUCGAUCCCGGCAAACAUGUACACAUACGACUUUGACAGCGGCGAUACCAUCGCCGGUGUGCCCAACACACGCCAGUACUACCGCCGCGAAGCAUCGUGCCCGUCGCCCGGGUGGAAGAACUCACACACGUGUCCCGAGGCGGUGGGCCAGCAGCCUCUAUGGCGGCAUGACGGAAAGUGGGGGUCGACGGCGCUGGAGCCGGGCACGACGACCAACGUGGUUGAGCACGAGCGCAACGCUCAGGGCCAGAUCACGCGGUAUUCGCAGUUGCGCUACUCGUGCGAUGAGUUUCCGCCGGCCACGUGGGUCGAGGGCGGCAACGGCUGGAACGGCGCCACGCCGGCCAACACCUUCUGCGCCGGCCUCUCGUGCAUCGCCCCCGGCUCCAACACCAACGGCGUGGCUGUCAAAGCCGAGCAGAACUGGCAAGGCGAGGCGCACGGGGAGCUGCGUAAGUUGUUGCUAAAAUACAUUGAGCGACGCAACCCCGAGUUCCAAUGGCACAACCCGACCCAGCCACAGCGCGACGUGGCCUUUUUCAACUUUGCCGCCUUUGACCUGGGGGCGGACGGCUUUGCCGCCACCAUCUUCUGCAGCGAUGAAGAUGCCGGUCUCGACGAGGAUUUCAACUGGAACUCCACCGAGGGCAAGCCUCUACUGAAGACUGCGUCCGCGGCCGACCUAGCCAGGGCCCGGAGCAUCGUGGCCGAUGCUAUCGCUGCCUCCGCCAAGCGGAACAAGGCGCGGCUGGCCAACCCGGCGCGCAACCAGUAUCGUCUCAAGCCUGGCACCGUAAUCGGCGGCAGUGUUGCAACGGUGCCUAAUAACAACAAGCGACGAGACCAGAGUGGUAAUGACAACGAUGCCUCCCCCCCUCCGCUCCUCGCAAUCACCGAGGAAAUCGCCUGGGCCGCGGCCCUCGUGACCGAAGCCGAAGCCACGGCACUGCCCGGGGGUGUGAACUCGGGAACCACCCACUUUAACCCGUCCAACUCGACCUCGAGAGGCAUCAAGCGCCGGGCCCCUGUCCGAGGCACGUACUGGAUGGAGACCAUCGCGCGCAAGGGCACUGUCCCGUGGGGCGACGACCCGACGUAUAAGGUCUUCCGCAACGUGCUCGACUACGGCGCCACCGGGAACGGCGUGACCGACGAUACGGCCGCCAUCAAGGAGGCUAUGAAUGACGGCCGUCGGUGCGGCGAGAAGUGCAACGGGUCCACCACCAAGAACGCCAUUGUCUACUUCCCCCCCGGCACCUAUCUCGUCUCGAGCACCAUCCCCUUGCCCUUCGGCACGCAGGUUAUCGGCGAUGUUCUCGACCGGCCCGUAAUUAUCGCCUCGUCGUCGUUUGUCGGCCUGGGCGUGCUAUCCACGGACGAGUAUACCGGCGGGGGUACCGGACCUGACGGAAAGGACCAGCAGUGGUACGUUAACACGGCCAACUUUUACCGCCAAAUCCGCAAUGUGAUUAUCGAUGUGCGCGAUGCUCCCGUUAAAGAGGACACGGCGUGCCUGCACUACCAGGUCGCGCAGGCGACGAGCCUGCAGAACGUGGAGCUGCGGGCCGGGCCAGGCUCCAAGGGUAUGUACGCCGAGAACGGCAGUGGCGGUCAGAUCUCAGACGUAUUUUUUAACGGCGGCGAUGUCGGGUUCUACGGUGGUGCCCAGCAGUUCACGGCGCAACGCCUGCGCUUCGACGGCUGCGAUACGGCCGUUCACUUGUUCUGGGACUGGGGCUGGGUGUGGAAGUCGGUCACCAUGACCAACGUGAACGUCGGCUUCCGCUUCGUGGCGAAGGACCCGUCGGGGUCCCUCGGCUCGGCGGCCAUCCUGGAUUCCUCCUUCACCAACGUCGGUACUGCCGUCCUCGUGUCGCCCCCCUCGGCUGAAGUGGCCUCGCGCAGCACGGGCCUGGUGCUCGAGAACGUGGCCGUCUCGGGCGUGACGGCCGUCGUGGCCGACACCAGCGGCACGACGCACCUGUCCGGAGCCGGCCAGUCGGUUGUCGACCACUGGGUGCUGGGCCCUGUAUACGACGGCUCGGCCAGUGCGCGCUCCUUUUCGAUGGGUGGGAAGGUGGGCCGGUACCGCCGAGACAGCGGACUCGUCGACUCGUCGGGCAACUACUUUGAGCGUCCCAAGCCGCAGUACGAAGACCGCGCGGUGGGCGAUUUUGUCCACAUCAAGGACUUUGGCGCCGUGGGCGACGGGGCGACAGACGAUACCGCCGCUGUCCAGAGCGCGCUAUACUCCAGCCAGGGCAAGAUUUUGUUUGUGGACGCCGGCUCUUAUAUCCUGACCGACACCGUGGUCGUGCCAACCAACGUCAAGAUAGUCGGCGAGACCUGGUCGCAAUUCGUGGCCUUCGGAUCCGCCUUUUCCGAUGCGAACAACCCCAAGGUUAUGGUGCGUGUGGGUGCGACCCCCGGCCUGGUGGGCAACGUGGAGAUGCAGGACUUGUUUUUUACCACGAAGGGGCCGACGGCUGGCGCCGUGCUUCUCGAGUGGAAUAUGGCCGCCGACGCCAAGGGGUCGGCUGCCCUCUGGGACUGUCACGUCCGUAUUGGCGGUGCUACCGGGACCGAUCUGACGCCGGCCGAGUGUCCGCCCCUGACCUCGGGUAUCGCGCCGGGCUGCAACGCCGCUAGCCUGAUGAUGCACCUCAAGCCGGGUGCGUCGGGCUAUUUUGAGAAUAUGUGGCUCUGGGUGGCCGACCACAUGAUCGACGAUCCGGAUCUCGUGGAUGCCAACAACACCAUGGUGCAGAACUCGGUCUACGCGGCCCGUGGCUUCUUGAUCGAAAGCACCGACCCCGUCUGGCUCUAUGGCACGGCGUCGGAGCACGCCGUCUAUUACCAGUACAACUUCCACAACGCCUCCACCAUCUUCACCAGCAUGAUCCAGACCGAGUCGCCCUAUUACCAGCCGACCCCCCCACCUCCCGCUCCGUUUGCUGACGUUGUGGGCAAGUUCCCCGGCGACCCGGACUAUACCUGCGCCCCCGGUGAGUUCAACGGCUGCGACGAGUCCUGGGGCGUCAUCAUGCGCGGCUGCGAGGACAUCCUCAUCACAAGCGCCGGCCUGUACUCGUGGUUCUCGACCUACGCCCAGGACUGCAUCGGCGGGCAAGCAUGCCAAAAGGCCAUGAUGCUGCUGCAGGGCAACCACGCCAGCGUGCGGAUCCAGAACCUAGUUACCAUCGGCACCAAGUACAUGGCCGUUAUGGAGGGCCAGGGCAUCCUGGCCGCGGACAACCUCAACGUGGACGCGCACCCCUUCUGGUCGCAAAUCUCGAUUCUGGACGUCGCUAGUGACGGCGCCCAAUUCAACGACAUCGUCUGGGUCCACCCGGACAUCUGGGACAUGGACGAGCCCGAGUUCUCGUGCGCGCCGCCCUGCAAGGUCAAGCUGCCCCCGUACACAGGCGCCACCUCGGUCGUCAACUUCCCGCUGAUGACGGUCAGCAAGGACACCUGGACCAGCACUAUCACGGAUGGUGGUGGUGGUGGUGGUGGGCUGAAGCGCCGUACCGCGUUCGGGACUGUCUGGCCGGUCCCCGCCACGACCAGCAACUGGCCCGCCGUCGUCUAUCGCGGGCCAGACGGCAAGACUUCGACGGCCACCCCGACGGCGGCCUUCCCGACGCCCCCGCCGUCCAUCGGGCCCGGCGCGGCGCCCCCGCAGAUGGGCGCCUGGCCGGCCCAGGCGUUGGUGGUGCGCGCCGCCGCCGUCGACCCCAAUGCCGACCUCGACAAGUCUGCCCAUGACUGGUUGUGCCGGCAGGCGGCGAUGAACCCCAGCUACUGGGACCUCGAUAUUGCGAAAGAUUGCCCGGGGUACGGUGGCCCGGGCUUCGGCGAGAUCCCCAUACCCGGUGGCGACGGCUUCGGCUGGGGCCUUGGCUGGGACGUGCCGGAGAUCACGGGCAACGGUACCUCGUACGGCGACUUUGAGCCGUGCGAGCUCCCGGAGUCAUCCACCACCACCUCGGCAACCCGGACGCGUACGACCACGGCCUCGACCCCGACGCCGACCAAGAACCGCGCGGAUCCCGACAAAAACACGAUCCACUGUUUCAACAGCGGGCAGAAGAUGAGCAACAUUCGGCUGCAGAACGGCCGCAAUUCGGCGUGCCACAACAUCGGCGUGUAUGCCGGGGUCUCAGGCCGAAAGCGCGCGACCGGCGAGCUGGAGGGGCCCUUCAUGGUCGAGGGCACGUUGCCGUUCAGCGGGAGCGAGGAGAUCCAUUGGACGUUUGAGGUCAAGGAGGGCUGCGCGUGGACCUAUGACUUUGACGAGUGUUUGCACUACCUCAAGACACCCGUCGAUAGCUGCAACUGUGGCGGCGAGAACGGCAAGCAGGGCGGAUAUGGCUCGAAUAAUUGCCUGAGUUGGAUGUUUGACCCGAAUAAAUCGUGGUAG